AUGGCUUCUAAGAUAAAAACUGGUUUAACCGAGACGGCUCUGCGCAAAUCAACUCCAACAUAUCUAAGAGUGCCUAAACUGACUCGGACAGUGACUAAAUCUGAGCCUAAUUCUCCUUCACCGACUCAAACUCAACCUUCACGGCUUUCGCUUGACCGCUCUUCUGCUAACUCAAAGCCUUCUUCUACUGAGAAGAGGUCACCAAAAGUUCCAACCCCACCUGAAAGAGCUCAAACACGGGCUGUGAGAGGAUCAGAGCCGCAACCUCGGUUGAUUCAAAUCAAGGAAGAUCUGAGGAAAGCGAACGAGCAGAUAGCUUUGCUCGAGAAUGACAAAGCUCAAGCUCUUGUUGAGCUAAAAGAAGCAAGGAAAGUGGCUGAAGAGGCGUCCAAGAAUCUGAAUGAGGCUUUAAAAGCUCAGGAGAAGGCCAAUGAGAAUUUCGAAAUCGAGAAGUUCGAGGCUGUUGAGGCCGGUAUAGAGGCGUUUCAGAGGAAAGAAGAAGAGAUGAAGAAAGAAAUCGAGAAUGUCAAGAACCGAGAUUCAGCUGCUCUUCUUUUGGUAACCAGGGAGCUGGAGAGAGUCAAUCAAGAACUGGCUUCAGCUAAUGAUGCUAAGAGUAAGGUUCUGAGUCAAGCAGAUGAUGCUAGCAAGCUGGCUGCAAUUCAUGCAGAGAAAGUUGAAAUCUUGUCGUCGGAGUUGAUACGGUUAAAGGCUUUGCUUGAUUCAACCAGAGAGAAGGAAACCAUCUCCAACAAGGAGAUUGCUUCAAAGCUAGGAGCGGAGAUAGUGGCUUUGAAGAGAGAGCUUGAAACUGCGAGGAGUUUCAAGGAAGAGGUCAAGGAAAGAGAGAUGGUCAUUGAGAGGCUUGAGGUUGAUUUAGAAGCUGCGAAGAUGGAAGAGUCUUAUGCGCAGGGAUCUGCUGACGAGUGGUAUAACAAAGCUAAAGAAUUGGAGGAACAGUUGGAGGAAGCUAACACUUUAAAGAGAUCUGGGACGAAGCAGCUUGAAGGAAGCAAUGGUAGAUUGCACGCUAUGGAGUCUGAGAUUACUGAUCUUAAGGAGAAAAUUGGGUUGAUGGAGACGACGAUUGCUAGGCAAAAGGAGGAUCUUGAGGAAUCUGAACAUCAGCUAGGGACUGCAGAGGGAGAAUUAUCUAUGGUCGAGAGAGAGGCAGAGAAGCUGAAGAAGGAGCUUGAAACUGUGAAGGAGGAGAAGAAUCAGAUUUCAAAGAAGGAGAAAGAUGCUGCUUCAAGCGUUGAAAGGCUCUUGGAAGAGAAUAGCAAGAUCUUGUUAGAGCUGGAGAGAUCGAAAGAGGAAGAAGAGAAGAGUAAGAAAGCAAUGGAGAGUUUAGCUUCUGCUUUACACGAAGUGUCCAGUGAAGCACGAGAGAUGAAAGAAAAGCUGGCGAGUCAUCAAGGUGAUGAGGACUACGAGACGCAAGUAGAAGAUCUGAGAUCUGUCAUUACAGCGACGAACGAGAAGUACGAGAGUAUGCUUGACGAGGCGAAGCACGAGAUCGAUGUUCUUGUGAGUGCGGUGGAGCAAACCAAGAAACAGUUCGAGAGCUCAAUGGCGGAUUGGGAGAUGAGAGAGGCCGGUUUGGUGAGCCACGUGAAGAAGUUUGAUGAAGAGGUUUCGUCAAUGGGUAAAGAAAUGAACAGGUUGGGGAAUUUGGUUAAGAGGGCAAAGGAAGAAGCUGAUGCAGCUUGGAAGAAAGAAGCAGAGAUGAGAGAUAGUCUUAAAGAAGUUGAAGAUGAGGUGAUUUCUCUUCAGGAGACUCUGAGGGAGGCAAGAUCUGAGAGCUUGAAACUGAAUGAGAAGAUGUUGGAUAAAGAAAGCGAGUUUCAAAGCAUUGUUCAUGAGAACGACGAGCUCAGGGUGAAACAGGAUGGUUAUGUGAAGAAGAUCAAGGAGUUGUCAGAGUUACUUGAGGAAGCAAUGGACAAGAAACAUGGAGAAGAGAACGGUGAGCUCAGUGAGAGUGAGAGAGAUUAUGAUUUGCUUCCAAAGGUGGUUGAGUUCUCUGAGGAGAAUGGUCAUAGAAGUGGAGAAGAGAAGUUAGAAACCCUCGGCGGCAUGAAGAUGAGACUUGAAGAGGAAACAGAGAAGAAGGAAAAGAAAGAAGACUCUCCAGAUGGUGAUGAUGAUACAGUUGAAGUUGAGUUUAAAAUGUGGGAAAGUUUCGAGGUUGAGAAGAAAGAAGGCUCCCACAAGGGAAAAGCAGAGCAGGAGUCACCGAAAGAAGAAGAGGAAGACUCGAAUAUGGUAGACGAAAGCAUGAAAGACACUAGAGAAGAUGAGCUGGUGAAGGAGAAGAAGAAGAAGAAGACACUGUUUGGUAAAGUUGGGAAUCUUCUCAAGAAGAAAGGAUCCGUGAAUCAGAAGUAA